AGACAAGCGGUUUCUUAUCGCGAUAUCGAUCUCUCGGAUUCUCGUUUCCGCAUUGCAACUGUUUCCUCCUUCAGACUCUUACACGAGCCAGCUCUCGCACAACAAUGCAAAGCCGUUGAUCUGGACAACUGGAGAUCAAGAGGAACCUCUAACCUUUACUCUCGGGUUGCCGACACCCGAGCACAAGGACGAAAUCAAGAUCCGGUGACAGCCGACAAUCCCGGUGCAUCUCAUGGCGACAGCCUCUGCCGCCAGGUCGACAAUGGUCGGUGGCCCUGAAAAGAGCAUGUCGCACAUGUCGCAUGCCGAUGCCCCGCUCACACAGUCUCGCGAGAUUGGCGAUAUCAAUCCCGAGUCGCGACAGGGAGAUCCGAUCGUCAACCGGGCCCAAUCGAUAUCAUUUGCGAAAUCAUGGAACCACAUGCUGGCGGGAGGGAUCGGUGGCAUGACGGCGGCGACCCUGACGGCGCCGCUUGAUGUGCUCAAGACCAGGCUUCAGUCCGACUUCUACCAGGCGCAGAUCAAGGCGUCCCGGGCCUCAAUAGCCGCGCCCAUGAACCCCCUGCGGACCGUCGCGUUUCAUUUCAACGAGACCAUGUCCAUCCUCGGCGCCGUCUACCGCCAGGAGGGCCCUCGCGCGCUCUUCAAGGGCCUCGGUCCGAACCUGGUCGGCGUGAUCCCGGCCCGCUCCAUCAACUUCUACACGUACGGCAACGGCAAGCGCAUCAUCGGCGACUACUUCGACAACAAGGACUCGGCCUGGAUACACCUCAGCGCGGGGGGCCUGGCCGGCAUCGUCACCAGCACCGCGACCAACCCCAUCUGGAUGGUCAAGACUCGCCUGCAGCUCGAUAAGAACAUGGCGCUCGAGAGUGGCGGCGUCACCAAGCGCAGGUACAAGAACAGCCUGGACUGCAUCCGGCAGGUGUUGCGAGACGAAGGAAUUCGCGGUCUCUACAAGGGCAUGAGCGCGAGCUACCUCGGCGUGGCCGAGUCGACCAUGCACUGGAUGCUCUACGAGCAGAUCAAGCGGUCGCUCGCGAGGAGAGAGGAGCGCAUUACUCUCAGCGGGAGGCCUAAGAACUGGUGGGAUCACACGGUCGAUUGGACGGGCAAGUUUGGCGCCGCCGGCUUUUCCAAGUUCGUCGCGGCCGUCAUCACAUACCCGCACGAGGUCGCCCGCACCCGCCUGCGUCAAGCGCCCAUGGCCGACGGCCGCCCGAAAUACACCGGCCUCAUCCAGUGCUUCAAGCUAGUCUUCAAGGAGGAGGGCAUGAUGGGCCUGUACGGCGGCAUGACACCCCAUCUGCUCCGGACAGUCCCAAGCGCGGCCAUCAUGUUCGGCAUGUACGAGGGCAUCCUCCGCCUGCUCAACACCCCGGCGUGAUAAAAAAAAACAACAACAUUGAGACUUUGCCGGCUCCCACCCCCUCUCUCAUCCCGGCGCUACGACGAAACAUCCUCGAAAGCGACGAACUGUACCAUCACCGUGUAUAACAGAAGAUUAAAAAGCGUAGCCUACUAUCUCCCCUUACGUACCUCACUCUACUAAUCUAAGUACCCACAGCCUCUGAUUUGGCCUGGGGCAAACCGAUCUGUCCGGGCGCGUGGCCCCGGGGGGGUAGGCAUUCUCUCGCGCUUCUCUCGCUCCU